UUUUCUUCCCGUAAGAAAGGUAUUCAUCAAUGCAUGUGUUGCGUGAACCGGCAAAUACGAAACAAUGUAAUUAUCCUCAUAUCUCUAUCAAUACUGAUAUCAAAAUAAUCACUCUUAUCUACGUUUAUUUUUGAGAGACAACCUAGAUCAAAAGAGGUCAGACGUGUUUUUAAUUUUAAGGUUUGAGUAGUUUGUACCUAAAUAAACCGAGAUGGUGUGUCGGAUUCAUAUUUUUGGUUCAAUAGUUGUGAUUUUUGUUCUUCAGUCAACAGUGGUUUCUGAAGGCAAGACGAAUUCAACAGGGGAAAUCGCAUCAAAGAAUGGCACCUUGCCUCAGAUUUCUGAAAAUUCUCCCAAUACAGAAGUACCAUCAAUUUUUCCUUCGAGUGGAAUUGGAAAUAAACCGACAAUAUCAUUGAAUAAAACUGUUGAUAAACCAAAUCUCUCAGCUAUCCGGAGAAAUAAAUUGAAUGAAAAGCCUGUUAUACACGACAAUACAACAGAGUACAUUAAAGUCGACUCGCAUGAAACGAUUGAAACUAACAGUGAAGUACCCAGUGCAAAAAAACUCAAAAAGCAGAUUGAUACCGAAAUAGAAGAUCUGCUUGAAGUUCCCAAGGAAACAUAUAUUUUGGAAGAACCAGAAUCACCAAAAGUAAAUCACGGACCUGAUCAAGAUGUGAAUCUCUCAGUUCUCCUUAUCGAUAAAUUUUUACUAACAGAAGACUCGUUGCGAAAUAACAGCUAUCAGAACAAAUUAGAAAACGUUGGUAUAAUACAAGGAAAACUGGCAGCAAUUCUAGCGGGAGUUUUUCUUGUGGUAUCUAUACUCGGUUACAUUACCCUUCUGUCCUGGAGGCGAUUUUUAGAGCAUCGAUAUGGAAAUAGAGAAAUGCUGGUUAAUGAGGAGGAUUUCUACACAGGAGACUUGGGCCAUUUUUCGAUUUGAAUACAAAACAGGUUCCAUCAGCCUGGAUUCGCCCAAGGAGGAACUCAUCACCCAGAAAUAAAUUAUUCAAAUAUUUUUCUUUAGUUGCUACGAUUGCCAUAUCAGUUUGGAAUUGUUAUAUUUUUGAACUGUUACCUCUAAAUGAUAGGAUCAUUAACCUAGUCAUUAGAACGAUAAGAAGCUUCAUGAAGAAUUAUUCAUAGUUGAACUGUACAGUUAUUUCAGGUGAAUAUAUUCACAGAAAACUUUUGAGGAGUUGUUCAUUACUUUUUAUAGUAUUUAUUCGAACUACAAAAAUGAUUCGAUGAAAAUUUUGGAUUUUCUCAACUUUCAGUCAACAUUUCCUGAACUAUAACAGUUAAGUCGAAAAUGUAAUGUUAUGGGAAAGAAACCUUUUGAAAUUCUACUUCCUCAUCUUCAUAUAAAGAAUCUUUCAAAACGUUUCUUUCCCAAAAAUCAAUUUCCCCUUAAAAUAUACCCCUUUCAAUGUAUUGUUAUGUUUCUAUUCUCAGCAGGAAUAAAAAAGGUUUUGAGUUC